ACAAAAACUUUCCAUUUUCAGUACUCUCUGGCAGCAAAACAUACAAGACAUCUAGAAGUCAAGGACUUCUGAAGCAACAAUGACAGUCUUUUUAAUUUUAUUAUUUGUGAAAGCAACGGCCUUGUCCUCUAUAUCUGGCCCAGCCCUUGUGACGAGCAUCAUGGGUGAAUCUGUUCAGAUAUCCUGCCUCUACCAUCCCUUCUACAGCGACAAGGUCAAGUUCUGGUGUAGGGGCUCCUACUGGUAUUUCUGUAGGGUUGUAGUUAGAUCAGAUCAACCUCAAAACAUGAACAAUAAUGUGAAAAUAAUAGACAACAAGAACCUGGGCAUAUUUACUGUCACUAUGAAGGCUGUUCGACUAGAGGAUAGUGAUUCUUACUGGUGUGCGAUUGAAACAGCUGGUCAAGGGGUGUCCUUUGCUGUGAGUGUUCGUGUUUCUGAACGACAUAAAUCACAGAUCACAUCAUUAACAACUACUACAACAAUUGGUACCACAACAACUACCACAACAAUACCAACUUCAACUUCCCCAGCAACAUCAACUCAUUCUGAGGCAACAACAUGCCUGACUCCCCUGCUGAAUGCAACAGGUCCAUUGUACAACUCUACAAUACAUGUGACAAGUUCUGUGACUUCCGAGGAUGACCCUGUGUGGAGAGUUUGGAGACUUGUUCGAUGGAUCCUCUUUGUCGUGCUCUUUCUGUUUCAGAUUCUAUUCAACACAGUAGCCUAUAUAUUUGUUGAGACUUGAUCAUGUGUAUUGUGGCACGCCACAGAGAGAUUCAGGGCUGAGACGCACAGAAUUCAGGAGACUGGUAACAAGGGGAGGGUGAACAGCACUUGCGUGUGUUUAAAUGACCGAAACUAAACACUAUUGAACAAAAUGAAAGAUCUUCCAGGGAGCCCUGCUCCACCUGGGUUGGCGGCUCACGCCUGUGCGUGAGGCUUCAACAGUGAAAUCUCAAAUGAUCGACCGGUGGUAGUAGCAGCGACACUCUUCCUUCCUACUGAGGCGUAGCUUCCUGCCUUGAUGUUCUCCCUUCUCUCUUUGAACCGUGUCGGCUCACCUUUUUGAGGGCUCACUUUUUGUCAGUCCAUGCCGUCAUUGUUAAUGUGUUGUUAGUGUCCUUUCUGUGUACCUGUUUUUUGGCAAAAAGUAGCCUUAAGUCUUUGUUUUUUAUUUGAUCUUGCCUGCCUUGUCUCCUUGUGUUUGGGUCAGCCCUCUGCACUCACCCCAUGACCCCACAUGUGUCUAUGGCUACAGUCUGAAUAGAAGCUAUACUAAAGGUUUAGAAAUGGAUAAUUGUUGCGCCCUCAGCGCAAGAUUUUUGCCUGAAGGGAGAAAUACACCAGGUUUUGUUGAAAGUAUGAAUAAGUACACCAGUUCUACCACUAGUGGCAGCAGACCGCUGUAUCGAAGCUAGCUCCUGCAGGAUGUAGACUCCGUUCUCAGCAGGAGGAAAAACCGUUCAUUUGCGCUGUUGUGUAACGAAUGUGUUUCUGUAUGUUUUACAGGUGAGCUGGUGUCAAUUGUUAUGUAAUUGUGUGUACUAUGGUAAAAUAACAUGUAAUGUGUGGUAGAAUGUGAAAAGGAUGCGACGGUUGAUUUAAAUAGCGAUUAUCUGUAUGUUAGCUAACUAACAUGUGUUGAGUGCGGUUAGCCUAGGUUCUAUUUCCCUCGGUGUUCAGUCACGUGACCACAUAUUUAUUGUUUUACAGUCCGAUAUCCUUGGAAAUGUAUAGCUAAAGGAUGGAGACUAGUUAGUUCUCAGCAGGAGGAAAUU